AUGCUACCAACGGGAUUUUCUAAUCAGUUCUCGGGUUGGUUUAUUACACUUCAAAAAGGUAAAAGAUUUCCAUUAGAAUUUACCUGUAUUUAUCCAAAUAUACCAAAACAAACUAUUUGUACAUCGGAAUUUGCAUUUUCUCCCGCUACGCUACUUCAUUGGUUGAUGCUUUAA